AUGACGGCGUGCGACGUCGCCGUCGCGCGCGCGCGCGAACGUCGAGGCGGAGGUCGAGGCGUCUUCGCGACGCGCGCGUUCGAGCGAGGCGAGUGCGUGAUGAUCGAGCGCGCGCUCGUGGGAGCGCAGCACGAGGAAAACGUGAAACACGCGCGCGCGUGCGAAAAUUGCCAUCGAUACGUCGGGACGGUGUCGAGCGCGGUCGGACGAAGGCUGCUGGAAAAGUACGCGAACGCGGCGCCGCCGAAACCGACGACGCGCGAGGAUUUGGUGAAGCUGGCGAGCGGUGAGGCGACGCUUCCGGGCGCGGAUGCGUUCGAUGGACCGCGUGAAGUUGGAUGUUUGGGCGCGUGCGCGCGAAACGUGUACUGCUCCGAGGCGUGCGCGUCCGAGGCGUGGCGCGAGAGAGAGUCGCUCAUGUGUCCGGGAGAGAAGGGGACGGCGACGAAUAAGCGGGCGUUGGAUGAAUUUUACGCGCACGCGAGGGAGACGAACGAUAUAUUUAUUUUAGCGGCCAAGGCGGUGGCGACGAUGUGCGCGCGAGCGUCGCGGGCGAGCGCGAGAGAUCGAGACGACGGGUCGAGCGGAAAGGAGAUCGAGCGGGACGCUUCGGCGGCGGAAGACUUUGCGCGCCUGCCGUUCGCCGUCGUCGCCAACGCGCCUUGGUGGGAAAGCGUGGCGACGCCGCACGACUGCGAAGACGAGCGCGCGGAAAUGGAAUUCCGCACGACGUUGCGAACGCUCGCGCAAGACUCUUUGGACUUGCUUCGAUCGGCUUGGGGCGAAACGGCGAACGCUUGGCCGCGAUUCUUCACGCUCGAGACGUACGGCAGACUCAUCGGAGCGUUUGAACUGAACAACCUCGAGCUCGUCGUGGAGAGCCCGGUUGAGAAUUACUUUCUCGCGAUCGACGCGGCGCCAGAUGGUGAAGAGAAGCGAGCGGCGAUGCGCGUCACGCAGCCACUGCUCGACGCCUUGGAUACGGAGUACGACAUUCCGCUCCUCGGCAGCGCGUUGUUCUCCGUACAAUCCGGAUUCAAUCACGACUGCGACCCGAACUGUGAGCCGAUGAAGGGAGAGGAAGACAUCGACGGCGCGUGCGUCAUCAUCGCGCGGCGCGAUAUCGCAGCCGGGGAAGAGUUGACGAUCUC